GCAACUCUCUCUCCACAACCAAAACCCACUGCUGACUCGCCGAGCCUAGAGACUGAGAGAGGGAGGCAGCCUAGCCCUAGCUAUGGAGAUUGCGGAGGCCGUCCGGGACGAGACCACCAUGGCGAUGCGCGUGCUCGGCCGCCUCGCGCGGGCACCACGCGGCGACAGCAACCUGGCCGUCUCCCCGCUCUCGCUUCACGCGGCGCUGGCGCUCCUCGGCGCGGGCGCCGGGGGCGAAACGCUCGACCAGAUCAUCGCCUUCCUCGGCCCCGCGGGCGGCGGCCCCGCCCACGCGGCGCUCGCGUCCCACGUGGCGCUGCGCACCCUCGCCGACAGCUCCCCCGGCGGCGACGGCGGCGGCGGGCCCAAGGUGCGGUUCGCCAACGGCGUCUGGGUCGACUCCGCGCUCCGCCUCAAGGCCGCGUACGCGGGAGUCGUCGCCGAGAAGUACCGCGCCGAGGCGCGGCCGGUGUCCUUCCGAGACAAGCCAGAGGAAGCGAGGCGGCAGAUCAACGAGUGGUUCGAGAGCGCGACGGCCGGCCGGAUCAAGGACUUCCUACCCGAGCGCGCCGUGGACGAAGCGACGCCGGCCGUCCUCGGCAACGCGCUCUACUUCAAGGGCGCGUGGGAGAGCAAGUUCGAGCCCCAGUCCACGCGCGACGACGUCUUCUACCUCCUCAACGGCGGUCAUGUCCCCACGCCGUUCAUGUCGAGCGGCAAGCGCCAGUACAUCGCCUGCCGCGCCGGCUACAAGGUCCUCAGGCUCCCCUACGCGCGCGGCCGCGACACCGAUCGCCUCUUCUCCAUGUACAUCUACCUCCCCGACGAGCGCCACGGCCUGGCUGACCUGCUGCGCAAGCUGUGCUCCGACCCGGCGCUGAUCGAGGACUCCGGCACCCUGGCGGAGAAGGUCCCCGUGGGCGCCUUCAUGGUGCCGAGGUUCUCCCUAUCCCACAAGAUGAACGCGGCGGAGACGCUGCAGGACCUCGGGCUGCGCCUGCCAUUCGAGUACCCCGGCGCCGACCUGUCGGGGAUGCUGGAGCCGGCGCCGGAGAAGAUCGUCGUGUCGGCGGUCUACCACGAGUGCUUCGUCGAGGUGAACGAGGAAGGCACCGAGGCGGCCGCGGCGACCGCCGUCGUCAUGUUAAUUGGUUGCGCCGCGCCGAAGACGCCGGUUCACGUCGUGGACUUCGUCGCCGACCACCCCUUCGUGUUCCUGAUCAAGGAGGAUCUCAGCGGCGUGGUGGUCUUCGCCGGGCAAGUCACCAAUCCUUCGGUCUCGAACUAGAUUUCGAUGUGAAGUAGUAGUGGCUUAGUGCCAAAUAUUAAAUUCUGGAACUGCGUGGAGCUUUGAGCCUUUUUUUUACUCAUCCAAUAUAAUGCUUGUGUAAAAGAAAAACUUCCCUCAAACUAUAUUAGGGACAAAAUACUUAACUUUGAAAGGCAUAUUAUUUACCUCAGCAGUAGGAUUCCAAGGGUU